AUGCAUUCCCAUCUUCAUACCUCAUACAACAUCAACUGCGAGGAGAUCAUGACAGCCCUCGACGAAUGCCACGCCAGAGGCUUCAUCUACAAAGCCCUUGGUAACUGCAACGAUAUCAAGCGCGAAGUCAACAAAUGCCUCUCGGUGGAACGAUACGACCGGGCAAAGAACAAUCGCGACAACGCACGCGACAAGCGGCAGCGCAUCGAGGAAAUCUGGGCUAAAGAGCGGGCCUUGGAUCAGCCUGCUCAGAGCCCUGCUGCAGAGACCUCGGGUGCUGCCAAGCAGUGA